CGGUGCACUUUUCAAGUCCGAACGGAUGAGUGGGUCGUUGCGUCGGAGUCGCACCGAGUGGCAAUCGACCGGUGCUACGGGAAGCCCCGAGCUUUUAUUCCGCACAACGCGCACAGUGCGCUUUGCGUCUUCUUCGCGUGUAACGUCCGUAAAAAUCACGCGACGAUCUCAUUAUUGGGGUCGUGAUGUACAAACCGACCGCGGUAUCCGUGCGAACUGUGCUUUUUGACCGAGAAAAAAAAGUCACGUCCCGGACGUCAUUUGGUCCAGGCCGCACGCCGUAGAUGUAGUUCAACGCCGAGUCCAACGUGGCGGCUGCCCUUCAAAAUAAAAGAUUAAAAAAUCCGGCAGCGCAAGCAAAGUUCCGAGAUAAAAGUUUGGACCACUGCGGUUUGAAUAAGAAGUCUUAUUCGUCAGCUUUAUGUGACGGCUGCCAGGAAAUCGAGAACGUGCAUCCAUGAGGUAUAGUGUAAUGUGUCGCAAAAAUAUAGGGAGGAGGACGAGGACGAGGAGGAGGACGAGGAGGAAGGACAAGUUAAAAAUGAGUUGCAGUGACACGGGGCUUCGUCGACUGAAAGGACAGACGACGAUGAGCUGUCUGUCCAAAGUUGAAGCUCGACUGCCAAGCUUCCUUAAAGCACACUUCCUUGGUCUUUUAUUCUGAAAAGAGGAUGUUAUUGUGCUGAUAGCGCCGCUUGACGGAGGACGAAGACACGGCAGCGGCAAACUGUUUGGGGCAAUCAUCGACAACCAGGUUCAUUUUUUUUUGGGGGGGGGGGCAAUCUUCGACAUCCAGGAUGAAGUUGCGAGUUCGCAUCUGCAGGCACACCAGCAAAGUGGACGUCGUGGGCCCGGAAUCGACCCUGGAGGAGCUCACGGAGCACAUCCGAGACGUCCUGCUGCCCGGACGCGGAUUCAGUCCCGAUGUGACCUUUGGCCUUUCUCUCAACGGCACCGAGCUCCUCGCUGACACGGGUCAGAAGUUGUCAUCGUGCGGCGUCGUCCCGGGAGACCUCAUCCGCGUCCUGCUUCCCGACGACGACGACGACGCUCCCCCGGGGGACGCCGCCGGCCGGCUCCCCGCCGACCCCUCGACCGGCGGCGCGACCUCCGGCCCGCCGUGUCGCCCCGCCCCCCCCGCGUGGGAACGUCGGACGCCGCCGACCCUCGCCUGGGAGCCCAUGCUCUGCGGCGAGGCCGGCAAAGGUCAGGCGCCGCGCUCGCUGGAGCUGCUGUACCGCGCCGCCCACGUAACCUGCCCCGCUGACGCCAUCGUGGUGGCCGCCCACCUCCUCAUGCUGGAGACCGGAUUCACGCCGCAGGACGCCGAGGCGAAGCCCGGCGAGAUGCCGACCGGAUGGCGGUCGUCCGGCGGCGCCUACAGACUUCAGUACGCUCACGCGCUUUGCGAAAGGGGCGUGGUCACGGUGGUGGCGGUGCCCAUGAGCCCCGUGCUCGUCAUCGAAGCCAUCCUGCAGGUGGCCGACAGCGCCAGCAUGGUGGCCAAAGUCUGCGUGGACCCCGGCGGCUUCGUGACGGAGGCGUGGCCGGGAGCGAGCGCGGCGUCCGCCUUCAGCAGUCUCAGUCGACUGUCGCGAGUCUUCAAGGACCAGCUGGUGUACCCGCUGAUCGCCGCCACGCGGGAAGCGUUGCGCCUGCCGGCGGCGUUCGGCCUGUCGGCGUUGCCUCCGGAGUUGCUCCUCGUGGUGUUGCGCCUGCUGGACGUCGUCUCCGUGGUGCGCGCGUCGGCCGUGUGUCGACGCCUCAACGCCGCCGCCGCCGACGCCGCGCUCUGGAGGCAUCUGGUGCGCCGAGACUUCAGCGAUCACAAAUGGCAAGGAGAGACCAACUGGAAGGAGCUUUACAAGAGUUUCUACAAGUUCCGCCACAAGCGAGGCUGCGUGGAGCGUCCGUGCUCCCUCCCCCCUUUCAUCCACCGCCCCGUCUUCGGCCCGGUCCCCGCCCCCUACCCGCCCGUCCCCGGCAUCAUCGGCGGAGGCUACGACCAGCGACCGACGGCCUCGCCGCACGGAGCGCCGCCCGCGCCUCGCUACGACCCCGUCGGCCCGCUCCUGCGCGGCGAGAGGCGCCGGCGCAGCGACCCCCGACCCCCGGCCGGCGGAGUCAGGCCGGGCGACGUCCGCAGGGGCUUCAUCUGACCCGGGGCCGGGCCCCGGUCCGGAUCCGGCGUGGCGACGGGCCUUCGCGACCGGGCGGUCCGCACACAAACAUGCUACGAGCUGAGAGUUGGGGCUGUUCGGCAUUCCGGUGAAAUUUUCAGAUGAACCGAACGUGCACAAAAGGCGACACCCGCAAAUUUCCCAUGAAGAUGUUUUGGGGUCCGGGGUGGGCUAACCAAAAGUGCUGGGCUCGAGCAUGAAAAUGGGGACGGGGCAAGUUUGCCUUUUCAACCAAAGUGGUGCUUUGACGCCAUUUUGGGAGUUUGCCUUUUCAGAUUGGCCCAAGAACUGAUUGACGAUCGGUGGAAACGCCGUGUGAAUCUUUUUUUUUUUUUUUUUGGUGGUGGUGGUGGUGGUGGUUAGUAGUCAAGGACUUUUCGAUUUGAUGUUUUCAAGAAAUAGUCCAAACGGAUCGGGACCGGCCAUCGACGGCUUAAAAGUAGCGCAAGAGUGACGUUUGGGAUUUUGACGUGCAAAAGUGCGGACAUAUUCCGUCCGGACAAGUUCCUUGCCGUGCGUUUGAGGUUCAUCGGAAAUUUGACGCGAAAGCCCAACGUUGCGCUUUUUGGGAGGUGCGGUGUGUUCAUUCGGUGCCGCUUGGGGGCCCUUCGCCAUUUCCUGCGCGCGUGUUGAAUAUUUGGGGCGAGCUGCCGCGCUGACUUCAUUAAAGCAAACGUUUGACAUUU